CCAAAUAAAGAAGCCCAACCCAAAUUGGUACGUUGUCUACGUCUUCAACUGUAAUAAUAACAGAGAGAUCAGAUCAGAGAUCGUCUCGUCUUCUUCUUUGGCUGUCGGCAAGCAACUCUCCCCACUCACCUCCCAAUUCCAACGUAAAAGCUGAUUGGUUUUAAUUGAGGGGGAAAGAUGAAGGUGAUAGACAAGAUCCAGGAGCGUAGCAAUGACAAGGUGUUGUUCUCCUUCGAGUUCUUCCCACCCAAGACUGAGGAAGGAGUGGACAACCUGUUCGAGAGGAUGGAGAGAAUGGUUGCCCACGGCCCUUCCUUCUGUGACAUUACUUGGGGUGCUGGAGGCUCCACCGCCGAUCUUACCCUUGACAUUGCCAACCGAAUGCAGAACACUGUCUGCGUUGAGAGCAUGAUGCAUCUCACUUGCACCAACAUGCCUGUAGACAAGAUUGACCAUGCCCUCUCCACCAUCAAGUCCAAUGGUCUUCAGAAUGUCCUUGCUCUCCGUGGUGACCCUCCUCACGGCCAGGACAAGUUUGUCCAAAUCCAAGGCGGCUUUGCUUGUGCUCUUGAUCUCGUUGAGCAUAUUCGGGCCAAGUAUGGUGACUACUUUGGUGUUGCUGUUGCUGGUUAUCCAGAGGCUCAUCCGGAUGCAAUUGGCCCUGAUGGCGUGGCUUCACUGGAAGCAUACCAGAACGAUCUUGCUUAUUUGAAAAGAAAGAUUGAUGCAGGAGCUGAUUUGAUAGUCACUCAGCUAUUCUAUGACACCGACAUUUUCCUGAAAUUCGUCAAUGACUGUCGCCAAAUGGGAAUUACUUGUCCCAUUGUUCCUGGAAUUAUGCCCAUCAACAACUACAAAGGCUUUAUACGCAUGACUGGCUUUUGCAAAACAAGGAUACCAUCUGAGGUCACUGCUGCCCUGGAGCCUAUUAAGGACAAUGAUGAAGCUGUGAGAGCGUAUGGAAUUCACCUUGGAACCGAAAUGUGCAAGAAGAUUUUAGCCAGUGGCAUAAAAACAUUGCAUCUUUACACUCUUAACAUGGAGAAAUCAGCAUUGGCUAUACUAAUGAAUCUUGGCUUGAUUGAGGAACGCAAAAUAUCCAGGCCCCUUCCUUGGAGACGCCCUGCUAAUGUUUUCCGUGUCAAAGAAGAUGUCCGCCCGAUAUUCUGGGCAAACCGCCCGAAGAGCUACAUAUCAAGGACUUCUGGCUGGGAGCAGUACCCACAAGGACGAUGGGGGGAUUCUCGCAAUCCUUCAUAUGGGGCCCUAACUGAUUAUCAGUUUAUGCGACCACGUUCCCGUGACAAAAAACUUGCAGAAGAAUGGAACAUCCCUUUGAAGAGUGUAGAAGAUAUUCAUGAGCAAUUCAAGAAAUUAUGUCUUGGAAAGUUGAAAAGCAGUCCUUGGUCAGAAUUAGAUGGACUUCAGCCUGAGACAAAGAUCAUAAAUGAACAGCUGGUGAAAAUUAAUGGAAAGGGUUUUCUGACUGUGAAUAGCCAACCGGCAAUAAACGCUGAAAAAUCUGAUUCCCCAAUAGUUGGAUGGGGUGGGCCAGGAGGAUAUGUGUAUCAGAAGGCAUAUCUUGAGUUUUUUUGCAGUAAGGAUUUGUUGAACGCCCUUGUCGAGAAAUGCAGCAGGGGUUUCCCAUCACUAACCUACAUGGCUGUGAACAAACAAGGACACUGGUUGUCAAAUGUUGAUGGAACUUGUGUGAAUGCUGUAACAUGGGGAGUGUUCCCUGGAAAGGAAAUUAUUCAGCCAACUGUUGUGGAUCCUACCAGCUUUGUGGUAUGGAAGGAUGAGGCCUUUGAGAUCUGGUCUAGAGGAUGGGCUCGCUUGUACUCUGAUGAGGCCGACCCUUCUAGAAAAAUUCUCGAAGAGGUUGGUUGGUUCUUUCUUUCCCGCUACACUGUUAAGUUAUGUUCUGUUCUGUUCAAGCAUGACAUGAACUCGAUUGUGUUUGUGUUUUGAUCUUUCAGGUGGAGAAUAGCUAUUUCUUGGUCAGCUUGGUUGAUAAUGAUUACAUCCAUGGUGAUCUUUUCGCUGUUUUUAACGAGCUCUGAGAUGUGCUGGUGCUCUAGUAUUGGAAAUGAUGCCUUGUUCUUGAGUUUGGUUUAUAAUUAUUCUAUUGGAUUGUCCUUUGGGAAGAUUGUGUAAUAAUAAAUUUUGUAGCAUGAGAAGGUGACCCAAGCCAAAUUAAAUUUCUUUCACUAAUUGGGGUCUUACCUUUAUUCAUUAUUGUCAGUGCAAUCUUAAUAUUCUUAUAUGAUUUAUGAUUCUAUACAAAGUCAGUUUUCAUUGUACUUUUAUGUUUCUUAAGCAAGAAACAAGAAACAUACUUUUGAUACAAAGUCAGUCAUUAUGUAUUGUAGUCUGAUUUUGUUAAGAGUGUGCAACACAAUCAACAAUGGUAAAACCAAAUUCUGCUUUUGUUCUA